GACAGCCAUACCCCGGGGGUGCGCUUUUGACGUCGGAAAAGAGCACAGUCGAAUAUGACAGCAUGCCAUCGACAUAGGUCUAUUAUAGCAAUCAGACAGAAAACAAAAACCAUAGCCUGCACUAAAGAAAAAAUCUAAAAUUUGCGACUUUCAGUUACGUUUGUUGCGGUUAGUAGAAUGUGUCAUCAGAGAAGCAAGGAGUUUUGCGUCGUCACAUGAGACAAGGUUGGUUUGGGAAAGGUUGUAAACCAUCAGCGAACCGGCAAAUGGUAGCAGUUUAAUGAAGUUACUUGACGGUGGAUAUACCUAGGCUACUUAUAAAGAGUGUAUCUACGUUGUUGGGGUUGUUGAAAAAAGACGCUUAAGGGUAAAGGGUGAAGCUCUGAUGAGAGUGUGGGGCCAAGAAACAAGAGGAAUGCUGGGAAUUAUUUGUCUCAUUGCUCUAAUGGGGCAAGGCGAAAGUGAGAACGACCAGGACUUUACGAUGUGUGGAACAUGGCGUCACGGCACAGGCCACAGGACGCUGGAGUUUAACCUGACUCAAGGCUGCGGCGACCUUGACAUCAGUGCCGACGAGAACACCCUCUCCAUCAGGGGCGCCAUUACGGCUAGCAGUCAGUCCGUGAACCACAUCCAGCUAAAUGCCACCCAGAGGGAUCUCAGCCCUUUCUGCGUGUUCUGGGAGCCUCUGGUGGACCAGCUGCGGGUGGAGGUGGAUGGGCAGAACCACAGCCUGCUGAAAGCAGCCGGGCUGCAGGAGGUCUGCUGCACGGAUCUCUCAAGGGGACAUCAGAGCUCCAUUCAAAUGUAUGGCAUUGUAAAUGGCAGUGUACGAGGCGACGCUCUCACCUACGAUACCCGAGGGACAUUUGGGUUCUAUGGACAAAAGAUCAACUGCAUUGAGGAAUUUUGUGGGAAGGCCCAUGAAGCAACCAGAAACCUGAAUAUGAUUGAGGAAGCAAUGAUGAAGUCUGAUGUUCUUGGUACUGUAAACUCAGCGUGUUUUCAGGGAGAAGUUUUGGAGAUGGAUGACAACUUUACAGGGCGCGAUAUCACACUUCCUGCAUCUCGCUCCAAACUAAGGCCGCUACCUUCAGUGCAUAUGCCUGCCUGUUUAAAACCUGUUGGAAGAAAGAAAGCCAAAGUUGUGUGCACCUACUUCACGAACAAUGCCGUAUUCAAUCAGAAAGGAUCCUGGAAGAAACAGCCAGACUCUCGGAUCCUGGAGGAUGUGGUGGGCAUCACAGUUGAAAAUGAGGUCAUCAAUGAACUUCCUGAGCCUGUCAGGAUUAGCUUUCAUCAUCCUGCUCUACCAAAAAAUCAUUCCAGAACAUGCGUUUCCUGGGAUACAAGAAAAGCCCCCAAUGAGGUCGCCUGGGAAAGUGAUGGUUGCAAAACCGUACUGACCCAUGAAGAUAUGACAGAAUGCCACUGUAAUCACCUCACCUAUUUCUCCAUUCUGGUGCAAGUGGAACGACGUGAGACACAGUGCCACCUGGAGGCCCUAACCUUCAUCACAGCAAUAGGAUGUGCCGUAUCUGCCAUCAGCUGUGCCAUUCUGUUCUACUCGCUCUGCAAAAAGAGCAAAAAGAACACUAAAGACCAGUCAACACCAAUACACUGUGGUCUUGUGGUGACCUUGUUCUUCCUCAGUAUGCUCUUCAUUCUGACUGGCCUCUUGGCUAACGUUGGGGGUGAGCCUAUGUGUCGAGUGGUGGGGGCGCUGUUGCACUACGCCCUGCUCAGCUCCUUCUGUUGGAUGGCUGUGGAGAUCUUCCACACCUUUUGGAUGGUCUACAUGGUUUUCAGCUCCCCACCAAACCCAGCCAUCUGGUACAUCCUGGGAUUCGGUGCUCCUGCCCUCCCAGUUGGAAUUUUGAGCUUCCGAGAUGACAUCUAUGGCUUGAGAGUGAUUAAGCCCAGUGGUGAUGUCGGCAAUCCUUACAUGAUGUGUUGGAUGAAAGACUCUAGCAAUGCCCUGCUGGCUCACUACAUGACCAACGUGGGUUUCCUGAUACUCCUGGUCUCGGCUGGGAUGGUCAUGCUAUUUGUGGUCCUUAGAAAGAUCCGGAACAGGGAAGAGUGGAGAAAGAGGAAGUUGGCGUUCCUUAGCAUGUGGGGCCUUAGCUGUCUUUUUGGGACCACGUGGGCACUGGGCCUGCUGGAGUUUGGGUCUCUUUCCUGCACCUUCACCUUUCUCUUCUGCAUUAUCAACACUUUACAGGGUUUCUUUAUAAUGUUGCGGUACUAUGCCCUGGAGCGGAUUCGAAAGAGGAAGGACUCUAUUCUAGAUGGAUCUAGCUCAGGAUCCACACGGCAACACAUGCUACAUCAACAAGAGAGGAACUAAGGGGUCUUUGAGAAGGACGUCUGGGAGGGUGGAGGACAAAAAGUUGUCCAUUUCCUCACAACAUCCAAUGUUAUGAUUUGCUUUUUAAAAGCAACUUUCCAGUUGCCAAUGUUGGUUCAACAAAACAUAUUUUUAUGUAAUUUUGUUCAUCAUUGGAUUUGGAAAAAGGCAAUAUUUAAAGUUCUUGCCAACACCAUCUUUUUCUUUCUGAAAUUGUGUUACUUGUGUACUUAAGACUCUCAGAAGGACUGUCAAAUUCCAUUAUGUGACAUCAGGGAUAUAGAUUUAUAGCAAAAACCUAUGUAUUUGAUGCUGUCGCUAAGUCUUUAUUCAUCAGCAUUCAAACUGAAAUGAUUUAGCUUUUUAUUUUCCAGCUGGCUGGACAUAAACAUGGUAUCAUGCCAAUGUGUAGGGACUGAAAGUUCAUGCAGGACCACGGGUAUUUUUUAAGCUUGAGAAUUUAGGCCAUGAUAAGCUCAUGUAGAUUCUUAUAGCUUCAUUUUUAUAUUAUAAAAGGCAUUGUUUAAAAGUAGCACUUUAGCCACCUUUUCUGUUUAUUAGACAACAUACGAAAUAGCCUACACAUAUUUUUCACACCUGAUGCAAACUGGAUACAUUGGCAGGCAUUCAAAACAUGCCCCUCUACAUGCCUUGGUAUAAGAGAUUACUUUUAAAAAACAAAAACAGGUUGGAAUGUCAUGGACAUGGGGUUAUGUUUUCAGUUGGAAAUUGAUCAGAUGGACUGACAACAGAGGUUACCAUUAUUGUGUGUAUUUGGAUAUUUUAUUUUAUUUUAUUAUUUUAUUGGUAUUUUAUAUUAUUGCAUAGAAAACCGUAACCGCUUGAUGACCUUUUACUGUCUCAUCAAUUAUGUGUUGGUACUGCUGUUUCCUGUAUGAAAUAAGGGCCCAACUCUAUAGAAAACUCUAUAGAAAAGGACUACUGAAUACAGUCAUUCACACUGUACACAGAAGCUCAGAUUCUCCUUUUUGCACUUUUAAAGCAUUUCGUUUUCUUACAGUGUACUGUGACAAAUCUUUUUAAAAUCCUUUUUCUUAUAUUUGUAUAUUUUGUAUUGUAAAACUGUAUUUUGAGAUGUGUGCAGCUCAUUGUGUUUAUUAAAGAUUAUCAUCCACUUGA